GCGCCGGUAGAGUUUCAGAAGGCUGAAUCUGAGUUAGUUCUUUGAAUGAACACUCGACUCACGGACCAGACUCCAGAGCACGCAGCAACUUGGUCCAUGGGCAUGGCCAUGGGUGGUGUUCGUCACUUUGUGGCGGAGUGUUCGGUUUCACAGCAUGUUAUCGUUAGUGUGGUGGAUCCCCUACAAACUUGUAGUCGAUCUACAUCAUCAUGGGCGUGAAAGUCAAUUUUAAACUUCACAGAAUCUGAGGCGUCGAUCGAUCGUCACCGUUCACUGUUGUUGCCGUUGGACCUGUUCGUAAAUCAUUGGUAACUUGUUGCUGGGGGGUGCUUCUGCAGUUCUUAUUUCCUGCACUGUACUUGCGCAUAUCCAUUUGCGUACUGUAUCUCACAAAAUCGCCACAGAUAUCAGACGUUUGGAAGGUACUCUGCAAUGGAGCGAGCGCAACCCGAGGUUGAAAACGACGAGGAAAAGUUUACACGCUGCCAAUACGACUACCUAGAUUCAACCUGCUUGAAAUUCUACCUAGAGGAUGCCGUUCGCAGUAUGGCAGUCGAUGGGACAAUGCGAAAAAUGCGCGGCGGUACCAGUGAGGAGAAGACAACUCGCUUCAGCACACGGCUGGCAGCGUACUUUGAAUCGCUUCUUGCAGGAAGGCACGUGCUAGGACGUCGGUUUGUGUUUAUCAUGGCCACGCAGAGGAACCGACUAUCCUUCAUCCACCUGGUCAGCAUGAUGGUGAAUGAUGUACUCAGGGAAAAGCAAGGAAAGGAAAUGGGGGCUGCGUCGUGUCUCUGGAGAGAUUUGUUCGGACUUGUACAACUUGUGUGCGCCGACUUUCCUGUCUCCGUGAUCCACGCAGCGUGUGACCUUGGAGAGUUUUAUCAAGCGUGCACAGCGGCUGCUUUGAGUGGCUCAGAUAUUGCUCAGAGUACUGAUCAGGAGAGCACAAGCCUGUCCGAUUCCAGACAAGCGGUGCCACCGCCGUCCACUGCCACGGUGCUGAGUCUGUUUGAGUUCUACGUUCGCUAUGCUGAGUUUGUGCUGGCGUGUGGCCGUGUAAGUGUGCAGCUGCUCAGGGAGAGCGCUCUGAAUAAACUGAUGACUUCUACGGAAACACUAGACUUGGCUCAGGCUACUGAGGUGGAGAUAACAGACAGAACGCACGACGGCGCACAGCAAGCCGAGCAGCACGGUCGCAUUGUGUGUCAUGCCUGGUUGGAUGGUAUACACAAGCACGUGUACGGUCACGAUGAUGGACAGAAGGCACACCGCAAUCAGUCCGAGCUCGCACAGCAAGGCAAUCCCGAGCAGCACGCACAGCGAGGGCGAUGCAUCGAACGCUGGAAGCUACCCAGUGAGUCAGCUGUAAAGCGUGCUCUUGACCCUGGUUUAGGCAAGGACUGCGUCCUGCCAGAACUGUUUAUACGCAUUGCACAGUGUGCUGAACUUGCCAACAAACUACCCAAACCAAUCACCGUAGCAACGAGAAGUAAAGAUGGCCAGGAUACAACAUGAAUUCAGACUUUUUCAGCAAUGUAGUGUGAGUAAUAAUUAUGCCCAUACUACUGAGCCGGUGCAUGGCAACUGAACACGAUUGAAACUCUGUACAAAGUACAUGCGGUGACAGUCCACCACGCAUCCUACAAGACGUUUCCUGUACUUCUGAAUACUUUGCAUUUGCGUUUCUCAGUUCGGACGCAGGCGCUACUUGUGGGGCAUUGCUGAAGAUAAUAAUUAUGCAUCCUUUAGAGAAA